UUUGAAUAAAUACAGGGACACUGCGUAAUAUUGACAUUUCGAAUUUCGCUAGCUUUGAAGUACUUUGAAAGGAAAAUACGAUGCAGAUUUUAAUAGUGUUAUCGAGUUUGGUCGCUGUUGGAUUGUGUGAUGGAGGAUGGACACAGCAAGACCCAACUGACCAGCAAUGGUGCUAUAGUUUGACACAACUAGCGAGCCAUGUUAGCUCGCUCUCGUUCGCAAAUGGAUGCCCAAAAAUCAGUGAUGUCAGCACCCAGGUUGUCAGUGGGAUGAACUACAAGAUCAGAUAUGAAGAAGCAGGAAAGACUUGCACCAUACAGUAUUACGUUCAAUCUUGGACCAACAUCUACACAGUCAAUAAGCACAUCUGUGUCGCCCAGCUAGCGCAUGCUGUGGAGAACAGCCACCCAAUGAUGGGCGGUGAUUUCCAGCAGGACCCAACCAAGGCAGAGUACACAGACCUCUUGUUCCAAUUCACGGACGCUGGACUCCUGUCCCGAGAAUCCAUGAAUGGACUCCUCAUCACCAAGGUCGCUACACAGGUUGUUGCAGGAAUCAACUACAAGUACACCAUACAGAUGGGUUCACAAUCGUGUCACCUGACCCUGUUCGUACAAAGCUGGACAAAGACUUACGAGGUGACCGCCGACUCCUGCAACCUGAAGGCCACCGCUAAACGCCAGCUGGCUGGUGGUUGGAUCAACCAUGAUCCAUCUGACCAGCACUACGCUGACGUCCUUGUCAAGUUUACCAAACAGGGCGGUCUGAACGCUGAUUACGUCAACUGUAAGAUAACUGCUGUUCAGACACAGGUUGUCAGUGGGACGAACUACAAGUACACCCUCCACUGUGCUGAGUGGUCAGUGUGCCACCUUCAGCUGUAUGAGCAGACCUGGACACACACUUACCAAGUAAAGUCAGAUCACUGUGAAGUGGCAGCUAGACAGAUUUUUGAAACCUGGCACCCAGUCACAAACAAGUCUAAGGAGGGGUUCCAGGUGUGUGUCGAGGCCAUCGUGACCCAUAUCAACCGCAACUCCACAUCCAUGUUCCAUAUUGUCGGGUCCAAUGCUCAAGGUUGGUACCAGAAUUGGCACCUUGCAGAGGAUAUAUUGGCAACCAGGUAUGUCAUCACCGUGUUGGCCCAGGAGUCCACCUGUAUGAACUCUGGCACCUCUGCAGGCCUCCUCGCAGUGGACUGCCAAGCUAACACAAACAGCAUAACCAGGCCAACCUAUUGGCGCUCGUUGUGUGUGUAUAAUUUGUCCUGGGCCAGCCAUCCUGUGGAUGUCGUCAGUCUCAACAAGAUUUAGAUUCACAACAUCAUCCUGUCCUGAGCUGGGCAACAAAGUGGACAUCGUAGCCUUUGAACUCUUGACCUUUAUAUGUGCAUGACUUGUAACAACACCAUAAUCUACCUACACUGGAAAGACUACUAACAUUACUAACUCUAUUGAAUUGCUGUGUAUUAUGUGAAAUAUUGUUGUGUUUGUGCCUUAUUGGACAUGGCAUUUAUAUUUGUACAAGAGUGAAACAAUAAAACUGCCCAUUUUCUUUA